GUUUGCAUGUUUCAUGCUCCAGCCAGAACGAAUAAAUCCUGACAAAACGUUGGUUAACUGACCUAAUGAAUGUCCUUCAUAUCAGGAGAGCAGUAGGAUUUUACCGGCGCCCCAAGACACCCAAGGGAAAUCUGGAGCAAAUAGCGAAAGUAAGCCCUCGGCUUUGCAAACUGGACUUGGCGCCUUGCAACUGCAGAGCACAGGUGCUUGCCCGCCGCGCACGGGAAAUGCGCCCAGCGGCCCAAGGUUGUGAGCAGGAUCUCAAAGCGUCCUCAAUCCUAUAAAAGCCACGGGGGGUGAGGAGAUGUGGGCUUUUUGUUUGUUUGUUUUGUAAAAAACGGAAAUGGAAGGUAAGUGUAUUGCCCAUUUCCUUUGUCCAGAGUUGGGAAGCAGGUUCUUUGCCCGAACUUGUUUCCGGCUUCCUUUGUUUCUGUGCGGCUUGGAGGGACUCGGCAGGAGAGCUCCUUUUAUAAAGCGGGGUGGGGAGCUUUCCCCCAAAUCUUCUAGGUCUUGUCAGAGUAAUGUGGCGUUGGUAAGCAUUAGGGAGGAAUUGGCAGGCGCCAGAGACAGCGGAGCCUUCGAUAGCUCAGUUGGUAGAGCGGAGGACUGUAGUGGUACGAGUUGCGGCAAUCCUUAGGUCGCUGGUUCGAUUCCGGCUCGAAGGACUUCGUACAAUCUUUUUAGCUUCCAACUCAAGCCAAUCAAGUCGUAGGGAGAAAGUUUCACUCAGAGGCCCGCUGUGGAUUUGCAGGAGCACGGCAGAUGUUCGGUGAAACACAUGUGCAGUAAGUAAUCAGUGUACGAUCCAACCCUCUUCUGUGUUAAAUGCGAAGAUAUGUUAUUACUAUUGCUUACGUGUGAUUAUUAUAUGCCUUCUUUUAAAAAUCUUGCCCACGAUCCCCCUGUACACUACUAGAUAAAGGUUUUGAAUUACGGUCGGUCCUCGGGUCAGCGGCCAGCCUAGAACAGCCUGUAAGGCAAAAGGAAGAGAGGCGGCAGCAGGCGGGGGAUUAGCUCAAAUGGUAGAGCGCUCGCUUAGCAUGCGAGAGGUAGCGGGAUCGAUGCCCGCAUCCUCCACUGAGGCUUUUUGCCCCUUGUAUCAGUAUCAGAGGAUUCCUGAAGGGCGGGAGAUCCGCUGACCCAGGAAGGUAUUUUGUAAUACACAGAAGAGCGCGGUGCGCAAUGAUUAGCUUCGCACAUCGUCCUUUUAUUUUGCAGGUGAGUCUUCCGGUUUAUUUCUUGGUCACUUUUGUCUUGCCCUCCUCCCAGCGGGCAGGCCGUUAACCGUCUUCUGAGAAGACCCCGGUAGAACCCUCUGGCCGGAUCUGCCAGCCGAGCCCCCAAAAGCCACUGGCUCAGCUCUCAGGGCCAGAGUGGGCAGGAGGAUGCUUUCCCAGCCUCACCAUGGAGCUGCGCUGUGGGGGAUUGCUGUUCAGUUCUCGCUUUGAUUCAGGGAACCUAGCCCACGUGGAGAAGGUGGAAUCUGUGUCUAGUGACGGGGAAGGAGCAGCAGGUGGGGCAUCAGCCCCCACCGGUAGCAUCGCCUCUUCUCCUGACUACGAGUUCAACGUGUGGACCCGACCGGACUGUGCUGAAACGGAGUUUGAGAAUGGGAACAGGUCAUGGUUCUACUUCAGUGUCCGGGGAGGAACUCCAGGGAAACUCAUCAAGAUCAACAUUAUGAACAUGAAUAAGCAAAGCAAGCUAUACUCCCAGGGCAUGGCCCCCUUUGUGCGCACACUCCCCACCCGGCCACGCUGGGAACGCAUUCGAGAUCGGCCCACCUUUGAGAUGACAGAGACGCAGUUUGUGUUAUCCUUUGUCCACCGUUUCGUGGAGGGCCGUGGGGCCACCACCUUCUUCGCCUUCUGCUACCCCUUCUCCUACAGUGACUGCCAGGACUUGCUAAACCAGCUAGACCAGCGCUUUCUGGAGAACCACCCUACCCAUAGCAGCCCCCUGGACACCAUUUACUACCACCGUGAGAUCCUUUGCUAUUCUUUGGAUGGACUUCGUGUAGAUCUGUUAACGAUCACUUCCUGCCAUGGGCUUCGAGAAGAUCGAGAGCCCCGUCUAGAGCAGCUAUUUCCUGAUACCGGCACCCCCCGACCCUUCCGUUUCACAGGCAAGAGGAUAUUCUUCUUAAGCAGUAGGGUACACCCUGGGGAGACUCCAUCUAGCUUUGUCUUCAAUGGCUUUCUGGACUUCAUCCUUCGACCUGAUGACCCCCGGGCCCAAACCCUGCGUCGCCUCUUUGUCUUUAAGCUGAUUCCCAUGUUGAACCCCGACGGUGUGGUCCGGGGCCACUACCGCACAGACUCGCGUGGAGUGAACCUGAACCGUCAGUACCUGAAGCCCGAUGCAGUCCUGCACCCAGCCAUCUACGGGGCCAAAGCUGUGCUUCUCUACCACCACGUGCACUCCAGACUGAACUCCCAGGGUCCCUCUGAGCACCAGCACAGUCCCCAGCUCCCUCCUGAUGCUCCCCUUUCUGACCUCGAGAAAACCAACAAUAUCCAAAAUGAAGCUCACCUUGGGCACGCGUCUGACGGGGAUGACCCUGAAGGCUGGACACAGACCGAGUCGGCAGAACAGAAGCCCGGCGGUGUGUGGAUUAUGCCACAACGGUCCGCUGAGGUUGAGCAGCCGGCCCCCGACACCAUCCCCCCUAAAGAGAGUGGCGUCGCUUACUAUGUGGACCUGCACGGACAUGCUUCCAAAAGGGGCUGCUUCAUGUAUGGAAACAGCUUUAGUGAUGAGAGCACCCAGGUGGAAAACAUGCUGUAUCCAAAGCUCAUCUCCUUGAACUCAGCACACUUCGACUUCCAGGGUUGCAAUUUCUCAGAGAAGAACAUGUAUGCCCGAGACCGCAGAGAUGGCCAGUCUAAGGAGGGAAGCGGCCGGGUUGCAAUCUACAAAGCCUCAGGGAUAAUCCACAGCUACACACUUGAAUGCAACUACAACACCGGACGCUCAGUUAACAGCAUCCCUGCCGCCUGCCAUGACAACGGGCGGGCCAGCCCCCCUCCCCCGCCGGCUUUCCCCUCCAGAUACACUGUGGAACUGUUUGAACAGGUGGGACGAGCUAUGGCCGUUGCAGCUCUGGACAUGGCAGAAUGCAAUCCAUGGCCCCGAAUUGUACUGUCAGAGCACAGCAGCCUCACGAACCUCCGCGCCUGGAUGCUAAAACACGUGCGCAGCAGCCGCGGCCUGAGCAGCACUGUGAACGUGGGUGUCAACAAGAAGAGAGGCUCUCGAACUCCACCCAAAAGUAACAACGGCUUGCCUGUUUCCUGCUCUGAAAAUCCCUUGAGCCGUGCACGCAGUUUUAGCACUGGCACAAGUGCCGGUGGCAGCAGCAGCAGCCAGCAAAACUCUCCACAGAUGAAGAACUCCCCCAGCUUUCCUUUUCAUGGCAGUCGGCCCACAGGGCUGCCAGGCCUGGGCUCUAGCACUCAAAAGGUCAGCCACCGGGUGCUGGGCCCCGUCAGAGAGCCCCGAAGCCAGGACAGGAGACGGCGGCAGCAGCCACUGACCCAUCGCCCUACUUCAAGCGGCCUGGCCCCAUCCCCAAAUCCUGCUAGUUCUAGCCCAGCAGCCUCACACAACAUGGGCUCCUGCCUACUCCCCAGCUCAUUCAGCAUAUCAGGGAGCAGCUGCUCAUUCCUGUCCUCAGGCGACAAGCCAGAGGCUGUCAUGGUGAUUGGGAAAGGGCUGCUAGGGACUGGACCUCGGAUCCCCUGUAUCAGGACACGACUGCAGGCUAGGCCCAGGUUGGGCCGGGGCUCACCGCCGACUCGCAGAGGGAUGAGAGGCUCUUCGGGCCCCACAUCCCCUACACCCCGGACCAGGGAGAGCAGUGAGCCGGAGCCAGGACCCAGCUCUGCACCAGGGCUGCCUCACGCCGGGCCCCCACGGCCCCGCUCUGCCCCUGCCUUUUCUCCUAUUUCCUGUAGUCUAUCUGACUCCCAGUCCCGGAUAUGUUACAGCGGGGGGCCUUUGGGCCAGCCUGAGGCCCUGGCGCGGCCUCGCCACUCCACUCUCCGGGGGCUGGGCGCUGCAGCCCCGGACCGUUACCUGGGGCGGAGAAAGCGCCACUUUCAUUCCUGCUUCUUGGGAUUGUUGACGGCCACGUAGUGAUAGAGAACCACAAGCAGAAAGAGCGACACGCCCAGCAUGUUGGCGAAGAUGGCGAGCUGCACGUCUGUGAUCAUCCUGCGGAGAAGAGGAGGGACUGAGCCUGGGGCUGGCGCAUUCCUCGCCCAGACCGGGACCCGUUCUCGCCCCCUGGACCAGCCACCGCCGAAGCGCCGCGGAGCGCGCUUACGCGCCUCUCACCUGACCAGCUGGGCUCAACGCGGUGUGGUCUGCGCACUAGCUCCAGGUAGGAGUUCCGGCCCGGAAGUUAGUAGCGCGAGCGCAAGCCCAAACCAGGCACUUCCGGCCGUGCUGCUCGGCCGGAACGGGCUCUCUAGCCCCGCCGUCUCGCCUGCUCCCCGAGGCGCCUCGCAGGGGCGGGGUCUCGGGCGGGGCUGCGGACGGACUGCCCGCCGCAGGGGGUGGGCGAGCCGCGGGCGCGCGCCACAGGCGGGCGGAGCGCAGCUGGCCGCAGCUGGCGCAGCAGGGGACGCGGCAGAGCCGUGGCCGCCUCCCCGAAGCCCAGCAGCGGGCCGGGGCGAGGGUGCGGCGGCGUGGUAGGGUGAGAGGCUCGGCCUGACCCCUAGACUUCGACCCCGCUUCCUGCCUUGGCCCCCCGCGCUGCUGCCCACCCUCCGCUUCCCGGCUCGGCCCAGCCAGGUGCUUCCUUUGGGCCCUGCCCUCAGGGUCCCCUCCCUGGCCCCCGCGGCGGAGAGGGCGGUUAGAGGCGGUGCAGAAUAGGGAGAGAGCUGGGGCGGCCGGAGGCUCCUCUCCUCGGCUCCCGCCUUUUUGCCCCACACCCGCCCAGGGGAACGAUGCUGCCUGCGAUCCGACCGGUGCCUCCCUUCCCCGGGCUCGCUCCCCCCACCCCACCCUCGGAGGUGGGCGUCGGAAAUAGGGCGGACCCUCCCGGAAUCAAAACCCAAACCGUGGGACUUGGGCCAAGUGGGAAAUCACCCCCCGGAUGUGAGGGAGGGAGAGUGGGAGGGAGGGCCAGGACAAGCAAGAGGGGUUGUGUGUUCUGAGCAGAGUGGAUCACUGAGGAGAAAGCCGACUGUGGGUAGAUGACUGAGGGUCUCUGGUGAGGGAGCGGCCCUGGAGCUCUACAGCCCUCUGCCCCAGCGAGAACCUACUCCCCACCCCAACCCCCCCCCUCCUUGCUUUCCCUCUGCUUCACCAUAAAAGGGAACGGCACCGAGCCAGGCUGGGGCCGGGGGCUGGGCUGUUACUCUGGAGCUGUCAGGGGUAAUGGAAGCCAGUUGCUUUGCGGUAGAGGGGAGCCAGGGCUCAGGGGACGCCUCUGCUUCUCUGAGCCAAGGAAAACUACAGGAGCUGCUGUGGGACUGGAGCAGCUGGGGCAGGGGACCGUCUUGGUGCCUGUGUGCACCAUGAGCUAGGGGCUCACUAGCCCAGAGCUGGCUUCUGAGGCCUGGGGCCAUCAGCAGUGGUCCUCCAUGCGCUAGCCCAGUGGCUCCGAAGGUCAGUCCCUGCCUUGAGCAGUCAGUCUGUCAUUCCCCCUGGCCUUCCCCAUGCCACCCCCCCAGCAUUUCCCCGAAGUUUCCUAUUUAGGAUCCCAAGCCCAUGUCCCGUGUACAUAACCGUGAAACCCCAGGCGUGUACAUCCUCGUGUCCCUCAGAGUGUCCCAGCCCUGCCCUGGGAGAAUGGGGGUCUAGGUCUCCAAGGACUACACACAUUAUGCUUUGUGGCUCCUGGAAAUUUGAACCAGAUCCAAGUCCAGCCAGACACUUAGAUCUACUGUUAAAGCAGAACGAAACCCUGGAAAGUAGACUUUCUAGACUGCAAAUGAUAUGAGGGAAGGCCUUGGAAGUAUUUCAGAUUAACAAGGGUGUCCUGAAACCAACUGACCUUAGGCUGACAGAGCUGAAAGGGGCCUUCAAGAUCAUUUUACAAAGAAGGAAACUGAGGCCCAGAAGUAAUUGAUUUGAGCAGGACUCUACAAAUAGUUUGAAACCGUCACCUGAUUCGCUUUCCUCUAUUCCAUACUCCGCGUCAGACUGUGGACUCGACAGGUUAUCCCAGGGCCAGGGACAAGAGGAAAAGGUUUGUUUUAGAAACAUCCAGAAAUGUCCUUCACCUCUCAGAACUUGCCGUGCCUGGGUCAGCAAAUCUUUAUCGGCCUUGAAUGGGUCAUUUGGCCUAGUGCCUGGGGGAACUGAAAUUAAAAAAUGGUCCCCAGGACUAACCUAGACUCGGCUAAGAACUAACAAAACUUGAAAAAAGCUUGGGUGGAAAUGUCUGUGGAAAGUGAAAGAGUCAAAGCCUCAUCCUUGGGGGAGCUGGAGGAGAGAGAGAAUUGCUGUGAGGGGCAUAUGUGGAGCUUAAUCUCUGGAGUUAGUGUGACAUUUUCAAGGAGAAGACAUGAGGGAAGGAUUCGGCUAAGGAGUGAAAAGGCAGCAAGAUCCCGGAAAUGGGCCUGGGCCCCGAGUCCAGAGAGGCUGGCUCUUAAAGUAUUAUACCUGUGGGAAGGGUUGGGAAGAAAAGGAAAAUGUGUACAUUUGAGCAGGAGUGGACUUCUGCUCAAGAGUCCCCCAAAGCUUGAAUUCCCAUCUGGGUUUGCAUAACCUAAGACCCAAUUCAUAUCACUCUCAUUUUUUCCCUCCCAAUAUUCAGUCCUCUGACAGAAGGCAUUAGACAUGAAAUGCCCCUCACUGCUGGUGCCCCCAGCUGUCCUGGCCUUGGUACAUGAGCUCAUUGCUCAGCCACUGAUGCUUGACUGAAUAAUUUAGUUGUCCAGUAUAGCGAGGAUUUCCCAUUGGCACUAGACCCUUGAUAGUCCCCUAUCCUGGAGAGGUUAUAAAAUAGAUCUUGUCCUCGUGCUCCAAGGACUUAGCCAUUUUUGGUCUCCGGAAUUCUCUUGGCAGUUUCUUUGGACAUUUGUGGCUACUCGUCAGUACCACGGCCAUCGGCAAUGUAUUUUCUCUAACCUUAGUCUCCAUUGCAGCCUGCUGGCUCAACACCUCAAGCCUCCCCAGUGAACCCAGAGCCACUGAUUUACUUGAAAUAUCACAAACAUUCUAUGUCAGCCCCUAGGUCGGGGCUCCUAACUACAGGGCUAAAUGAAAUGCAACCUACCACAAUUGUAUUUCAAAGCCAACCUUUUUGGCUUGACAUACUUAAUAUACAACAGAUUUUUAAAUUUAAGGGGGGGGGGCACCCAUUUAAACUUAAGGAAUGAAGGACAACCGGACAGUGACAAGAUGGCUGGGAUGACUUUUCAGAUUGUCAGAGGCCCCCUGAUGGGAGGGAGGGUGGCAAGAACAGAGAAAGAAAACCCACAGCAGCAGCCAGGGCAACCUGAAAUGGGUUGGCUUCCUGCCAGGGCCAGG